AUGGAGGAGCUUGGUACGGACGUCGCCGCGUGGCGCGGUCUCCUCAACGCCAUCGUAUACGCUCUGAGGACGGCUGGACCGAAUGCGCCCAAAAGAGGAGGAGCGUCGACGACGCUGACGCGAGCCCUUCCCUCGCUGGCCUCCCUUGACGCGGCCGCCUUUGAUCGCGAGCGGAAGGUUUUCGAGCGGGCCGUGCAAGGCCGUUUCGACAAGAUGCGUUACAACUACGUGAGCUCGGAUCGAGUUGUGUGUGGCACAUAUUACUCCGCUUGUCUUACCGUCGAGCAACGAAGAGCAGAGCUGAUACGGCGUUCGCCACUUCAUCCCCCCUUCUGCUGGCGUAGGCCUACACCGCCGUCUUGGCGUCGGCCGAGGAUGCUUCGAAGGAGCAUUGUGGAUUGCCAACUCUAUCGAAUCAAACCUCGUGGUUUGAAGAGCGGUUCAACCAGGUCAUCGCAAGUAUCUUCGUGUGGGAGCAUCGCGUCGAGCAAGUCGUCGGUGGUUUUUUCCAUUCGAAACUGCGAGCCGUCUUUGAAGGGAUCGACACCUCCAAGAGCACCCGCAAGACCACGGUGCGUCUACUCGUGCAAGCCGUUAUGGGAGCGACCAUUCGCGGUGGUGAAGGCAACGACGGCGUCUUUGCCGAGACGGCGAUCAAGAUCCGUGACACCCUCGUCGACGCCAAGACGUCACCCAUGCCUCUCGACUUGGCCCAACGUGCCGCCGAUCGGGCUCACGGUGCAUGUACCCUGGCGAUGUCGAUCAUCGACGGUCACGCCUUCGACGUACUCGAUCCUCGUUCGGCACGGGACGUGAGCGGCCGAUCACUCAGCGACUUUACCAAGCCGGCAGAGGGGUGCAGACCUCCAGCGCCCCCCACCACCCUUCUUCCGCUUCUCAAUGCUAUGCGAGUCGCCAGCGGCAUCAAGCGUGGGAUUGCUCCCGUGAGUUACACGCCGUCACUACGCUUCAGAACACAGGGUAUGUCGAGGGGUCACUGAUGUUUGACAAUGCGUUCUUCAGCGCCUCGGAACAACUACGUUCUCCGUGUCCUUGGCGCGAUCGUCGAUCCUAGUUGAGCAGGGCGAGGAGAUCGCGGCGGAGCUGGUGAAUUGGCUCGAGGACACCUUUUUGCCUUGGGCGUCCGCCAAGAUGAAGACAUCCACGGGUCAACUCCGGGACGAGCUGUGGCAACAGAUCGCGGGUUGUCUCGACCACAACCCGACCGCAAAUCCGCGAGAUGGCUGAACCGCAUCCAGAACAAGUACAUCGUACCCACCCUACCCCCUCCGUUCCACCUGUUCGAUGCGUUGACACCUGCAAGCGACCGUCUCACACUUUCGGACGAAUGGAAGGCGGCGUUCGACCACUGGGGCAAGGCAAUCACGGCCGCACUGUUCGAGACGUCGACGGACCCAGCCCACUCGAACCCUCGACGCCGCAAAGGCCGGAAACGCCGUGGCUUGGCUGGACGAGGGCCCGAUUUUAUUGCGUUGAUGUUCGACACGAGCAAGCUUGGUCACGGUUGCAUCCCUCAUGGCACUUGAACUUCGAACGGCUUGCGCACGUGCUUCUUGACCAUCGACACCAAGACAGCCGUUAAAUCCAAAGAUGCGCUCGUUCAGCCGCAGUUGCCACCGUUGGGAAGCCCUUGGCCCGCCCAGUCCAGGCAACAGACCUUUGAAAAGGUCACCACAAAGUACUCGAAGUGGUACGACCCCAAGGUACCCGGCGUAAACUCUCGCACACCGGCAGCCCUACCCGACGGCACGACGCCUCACGACCACGGAUCUCCGACGGCUCGAGGCGGUGAUGAUCAAGUCAGAUGGGUCAAUUCGGCCAAGGACCUCCAGCCGUUGCCUACGAAGCGAGGAGGCGCCCCCCGCCUUCCCGACAUCGCCGACCAUCGCGACGAGGUGCUCGAUAUCCUCUACCGGGAAGAAUGCAAGAAGGUGAGUGGAUUAAAUUUCGCGUUUACAGCCAGUGAAGCUCCUCUGGACACCCACACCUCCCACACACUGACCAGAGCUGCCCUGCACUGGAUGUGUUCCCCAUCAGGAUUGGGCCGGUGCAGAUCCAAUCGAGGUCGCGGUCACUCGAGAUGACACUCUUCGCAGGCACACCAAUGACGCGGUGAACAAUACGAUCACCAUCGGUAUUGAUCCCGGUCUGACGUUUCCAGUGGCCGUGUCCGCCCGCUGCUUUGAUCGCCUCGAACGGGCCGUCCAGGCAAACCUCGUCACCUCGGCGCGUGCCCUCGACGGCGAUCUCAGGAACGGGCAGGACGAGAUCAAGAGGUCGAGGAACGCCAUGCUCAAGAGGUUUAAGUGGAACCUCUCGACGUCGAACUCGCCCGACACCAUCCUCGAAAGCCGACCGUCGGGCGAAGAUGACGGCAGCAGCGAGCACCGAGCGGGCGGGAUUGACGGGAACAAGGCUGUCGAGCGGGUCGACGCGAGCGACACAUCGCAUCCGACGCCUACGUUGGCACUCGAAGAAGACGAAGACGACGAUACUGACGACGAGACGGACGAUGAGGACGACGAGGAUUAUGACGAUUACGAUGACGAGGACGAGGAACACACGGACGAUGAUAAUGACGACGACGAGGACUCGCCGGAUGGAGCUUGGGACGAGGAACGCAGAGGCGACGACGACGACAAGGUCGAAGACCUCGAUGACCUUUCGAGACUGUACCGUCUAGUUUUCGCGGGCGAUCGCAUUCGCCUUGCUCGCAACCACCGGACCACCGUGCGGGCCGAGAAGGCCAAGCACCGACUCAUCGACCAAAUCUUUGACGUGACGGGAAUCAACAUCAUUGGUAUGUCCCGUUUGUGGGUAUCUACAACAACAUCAAGGUUGCAGGAGCUCACACUAGCCCAUUGGUUCUCAUUGCGCUCCUACAGCGAGACAGAUGCGACAUGAUCGCCAGCAACAGCAGCAACAGCAGCAACAGCAGCAACAGCAGCAACAGCAGCAACAGCAGCAACAGCCACAGCCACACCAACAGCAAGAGCAGUCGAGUGUGGCCUCGACCUCGAUGAACGUGGAUCAGUCGAACAACGGUCCCCUCGCGCCGUCAACCUCGACCCCCUCUUCCGGACGGAGACGUCCUGGACGCCACGUACCGUAGAGGUCGCUCGAUGGCGUGGUCUGCGAGUACGAGAUCACCUACAACGACAUUCGCUCCCCAGUGGACAGACUUGCGGUCGUCUUCGUCGGCAAGGGCUCGAACUCGGGCAAGAUCAGCGCUACAAAUCGCACGAAUAUGAUUUGCCGCGCGCUCGUCGAGAAGGUGCGGGUGCUUCGAGCCCAGGGCGUGCGAAUAGUUAUCUACGAAGUAGACGAGUAUCUCACCUCGUCGGUGUGCGACAAGCCGACGUGUCGAGACGAGGAUGGGAAGCGCACGCGGUCAGUCUUUCUUCUCGGUGCGCGGGAUUCAUCGGGGGGUGUUGGCGGUGCUGACCCUGGCUCGCUCUCCCUCCUUUCCUGCCUUGAUGCACCUAGUCUCGUCAAGACCGGACGUCGCGUCAAUCAAAAAAGAAACAACCUGCGAGUGUACAUGUGUCCACGCUGUAAACUACCGGUUCACCGGGACCUCAUCGCAGCCCGCAACAUCGCCUUUGUGGGAUGGCACAUCGUCGUGUGGGGCUACCACCCUUUCCGCAACUACGACGACUCUGACACGAGCAACGGCAAAGGGAAGGGGAAGGAAACUGGCGUUGAAGGCGAAGGCGAGAAGGGCGAGCAAGGGAAAGACGCGAUCGCCGGACCCAAAGCUGCGGCGACGAGGGACGAAGGAUCGCACGCACAAGCCGAGGAGGUCGAGCAGACGCCGGUCGAAGGUCACCGUCAGGAGCCCGAGGAGCCCGGCAUGUGGAUAGAUGAGGAGGAGUGA